AAUCGUUUAGUUUAAACUUCCUGUUUUGAUAAUUGUAGAUUUCACUUCCUGUCAAUCGCAGAGUGAGCAUGUCACAUGGUGGGAGUGGUAGUAGCUUACAGCAUGAAUGUUAAAGAUUUCAUGGACAGUACACAUUUCGGCGGUGGAAACGAAAAUCUGGAUAAUCCUCAGCCUCCAACAUUUGCAGAUUUGGGCAUUCCCACCGAACAACAAACUCGUCUAACCAUUAUUGGAACGGCCCGAACUUGCAGCAGCUUAACGAAAUGGGAGUGGUUGUACAUGAUCGGUUCUGUUGUCUCUCUGCUUACUUCUAUGAUAUUGACAAUAUAUACGAUGACGAAGCUGGAUAAAACAUCAUUUGACUUUACAUUUGCAAUAGUUUUAAUAUAUACAACUUUUUUCUGUUUUUAUUAUGUGGUUCAUGGUGUUUUAAAAGAGAGACCGUUUGAAUUAAUGGUGUUUGUCACAACUAUUUUUAUCAUCUUGGCAUAUAGUAUUAUGAAUUACUUUGCAAAUUCCAAGAACAAUGACAUAAAAGUGGUUCGUCUUGUACUGGUUUGCAUUCUCGGUCCUAUUUUGAUCAUGGCAGGAAUCUGGCUGAGUCGGGAAUAUUAUCUAUCUGGAAACUUAAUUUACCGCACAGUAGGGGCUAAUAUCAACUUACAAUCCAUGUGUAAAUUGAUGUUUCUCUGUUCUACACUCUUAAAGUUUGAUCUCCAGUUACAGGGAAGCAUGAUUUUACUCGUUAUGGAAAAUGGGACAAAUACUGACUCCACUGAAGCAGUCAUCCUCGGUAUUGGAUUUACUAUCACAAUUACAUUCGUUACAAUUGGAUUUUUAAGUAUGAGGUUCGAAAACAAAAUUCUAGUAAUUUUGUUUGUGAUCUUGAGUAUUUCGGAACCUGCUUACAUCAUUUAUCUAUUUUAUAAGGCGCGCAAUCUAGAAGAAAUUCUCUAUCGUGCCACAUAUCUGUGCGGAUCAUUGGCCAUUAUCGUCUGGAUCGGAAAGGUGGCAUGCAUGUAUUUUGUCAUGAGAAAUUUUGGAAAAGGAUUGAAAGAAAAAGUGUAUGGAGACGAGAAGACCAAAGUUUUGGAUCCGGAAGUCUCGCUUCCACCUCCACAGGAGGAGGCGGAGAAACCGGGUGACUGAGGAAGUUUUGUAUACGUGCAAAGUCGAUCAAAUUCUGCAUUUUAAGAACUAUUUUGAUAAAAUGUAUAUAAAUAAGAGAUUAUAUUCUAUGAAUAAAAUUAUAUAAUUUUCUAUGGGAAGAAUUAAAAAUACUAAUAUUUUAUAAAAUUUUAGUGAAAGUGAUUCCACUGUCCAUUGUUUAACUAGUCAAAAUAAUUUUUUGUUGUUAUUUAUCAAAUAAUAUCUUAGAAUAUUUUAAAGU